UGAGCUCCAGCGGAUAAUUACUAAGUGCAUUUCCAGCACAAUUGGUCUGGACUGCUGAAAGCUCUGGUCGCAGAGAGAGGAACGCUGUCAUUGUAACUCCAGCGCGCGCCCAGCCUUGCAGCAUCCCCGCCACGGCUCUGUUCUCCUGCCCAGCAGCGCGAGAAAGAUGAAGUCAUCUGACAUCGACCAGGAACUCUUCACUGAAAGCUAUUGCAAAGUCUGCAGUGCUCAGCUGAUAUCCGAAUCUCAGCGGGUGGCUCAUUAUGAGAGUCGGAAGCAUGCAAGCAAAGUGCGUCUUUAUUACAUGCUGCACCCUGUCGAUGGAGGCUGUCCAGCCAAGAAGCUGCGAUCAGAAAAUGGCAGUGACAGCGACUUGGUGGAUAAGAACAAGUGCUGCACACUCUGUAACAUGUCCUUCACCUCUGCAGUGGUGGCUGAAUCUCAUUACCAAGGGAAAAUCCAUGCCAAAAGGUUAAAACUGUUGCUAGGCGAACAACCGGCAUUAAAGGCCACAGAAACCACGCUGAGUUCGCUCAAGCAGCCGCACGUGGACAGUUCUCCCGUCGUCCCUUCGCCUCAUCAGAGAAGAGACUCGGACAGAUACUGCCAGCUCUGCGCAGCCUGGUUCAACAACCCCAUGAUGGCCCAGCAGCAUUACGAUGGCAAAAAGCACAAAAAGAACGCAGCCCGGGCUGACUUACUCGAACAGCUAGGGAAGACGUUGGACUUGGGAGAGUUGAGAGGUCUGAAGCGCAGCUACACGUGCAACAUCUGCAACGUCACGCUGAACUCGAUAGAACAGUACCACGCUCACCUGAAGGGCUCGAAACAUCAGACCAACCUGAAGAAUCAGUAGUAGUUCAUCGAUCACGCGGCGGGAAAAAGUCAAGAUUUCUUUGGCAAAGAAGAACCAACUAACCAACAGAGAGGAUGCUUUCUUGGACAAUGAGCAUUGCCUUGGUGGAUUCAUUAAUUAAUGCACCUACUCUUCGCUUUGGACAAAUGAAUGGAUUUCCUUUUUUAAAAUUCUGUGGUGAGUUAAAAUGUUUGGAUGGAUUUUUUUACCCGUUCGAGAUAAUAUAAUCCACACGCCGUCUAAAGUAUGACAAAUAUACUGUAAGAAACAGCAUUUAAGCAUCAUUCAUCCUCAAAGACAGUGAAAACAAAAUAUUCUACUUUUUUCCUAUUUAUUCUUAGGUUUCUUUCGAGAGUAUAAAGCGGUUCUAUUAAAUUAUCCAUGAUUGUGAUGUAAGCAGUCUUCAACCAGAAAUAAACUUGAUUUCCUCACCUUCUCCA